AUGUUGGGCCCCACAGACCAUGACCCAGACUAUGUGCCUGGCACAGUCUACCUCGUCGACGUUGGCGGUCAGCUAUCGUCGAAUCUGCACGAUGCUGCUCACCGCGACAUCGUGCUUGUUCCGCGCCCAAGCUCAGACCCUGAAGAUCCGUUGAAUUGGACACACCGACGCAAGAUCCUUGCCGUCAGCAUGGGUUACCUCUACGUCCUUGGAACUGGCAUUGCGACUUCUCUGCAAUAUUCCGUCCUCGCCGACAUCACGGCGGAUACCGGAAUCUCCACUGCAAGCCUCGUCCAAGGUACCGGCGUCAUGUUUCUGUUCUUUGGCUGGGCUUGCCUCCUGUGGACUCCAAUCGCUCUCACCUAUGGUCGUCGUGGGGUGUACCUUAUCACCAUGUUUCUCACCAUUCCCAUAAUGGUCUGGACCGCUUAUUCGUCCACCGUAGAACAAUGGUACGCCCAUCGAGUGCUCAUAGGGAUAGUGGUUUCCCCGAUCGAAUCCUUGUGCGAAGUCACCGUGUUCGACCUCUUCUUUGCACACAACCGCGGGACUUAUAUGGGACUAUAUGUUUUCAUUCUGUUCGGCUCGAACUUCCUCGCCCCUCUUGUGGGCGGGUGGUUGAACGAUGCCUAUGGAUGGCGGUGGACGAUGCAUUUCGGAACGAUCCUCUGUGGAGUGAUCUUCUUGAUCUUGUUUUUCUUCAUGGAAGAGACCAUCUAUUUCCGUGACGGCGCUACCCUGGGAGAGACUGCGGUACGCGCAAGUCCACCGAGCGAAAAUGAGGCAGACAGCCACGAAGGAUCAACAUCGCCAAAAAUGGAAGCUUCGAGCAUCGCAGCGUCUCCAGCCCCAUCUGUACUUGGAACAGGCGAGCACCCGCCAAGUAUCAACGCAGGUUGGAGAAGGUACGGACUCUUCAAAGCUCUUCCCAACCGUCCAAGCAACGUCAACAUGCUCCGAAUGGCAUAUCGGCCGAUCAUCAUGAUCUUUCGUUUCCCCACUGUCGCAUGGUCUGGAUUUCUUUAUGGAAUUAACCUAGCCUGGUACAUGGUACUAAAUGGCACCGCAUCACCAGUCCUAACAAGUGCCCCGUACAACUGGUCGGCCGCCUUGGUAGGCUGUGUCUACGCUGGUCCAAUCGUGGGGGCCGCCCUGGCUUCACUCUGGGCUGGCAAUGCUGCAGACUGGAUUGCCCUUCAGCUCGCUCGACGAAACAAGGGUAUUCGAGAACCUGAGCAUCGUCUCUGGGUGUUGGCGGCCUCGGGUAUCAUCAGUGCCGCUGGACUUGUUACCUGGGGAGCGGGUGCCUAUCACAACGUGCACUGGAUCGGCCUUGUCUUUGGCCUCGGAAUGCUGACCUUCGGUUGUGUGACUGGCGGCUCGAUCGCCGUCAGUUACAACGUGGAUUGCUUCAAGGAGAUCGCUGGGGAGACCACCGUUUCCAUCAUGCUGAUCCGCAACACCAUUGGCUUCGGCAUCAGCUAUGCAAUUACUCCAUGGUGGACACGGCAAGGAUUGCAAAAUUGCUUCAUCACCACCGCCGCAAUUUCUUUGUUCUGCACGUUUACCUUCCUCAUUGUGAUUGUGUACGGAAAGCGAAUCAGGCGCUGGUCGAUCCCCGCCUAUCGCAAAUAUAUGGCGACACAGAUCGUUUCGCAGGAGUGA